GACGACGGCAGCGGCGGCGGUGCCGCCGACGGCGCCGCCAACCGCGCCUGCGGCGGCGCGCGGCGCUUUCUAGGGCACGCUGCGCCCCUCUGCUCGCGCGCCGCGCCCCUGCCUGUGGCGCGGGCUCGGAUGGACGCUCCCCAGUGGGAGCUGGCGCACUACGGAAACGGCUCGCUGGCGGGCCCUGCUUGGGGGCGCUGGGAUCCUUGGAGUGGGGGCCCGCCCGCUGCGGCCGUCGAGGGCGGCAGGGGCGGCGCUGGCUGCCAGGAUCCAGCGCCUCUGCUGUUCUUCGACUGGGACGACACGAUAAUGCCGACCACCUGGCUGAUGGAGCAAGGCAUCUUGGGAAACGACGACUGGGCGGUUGCCCAGCCGAGCCGUCUGCAGUCACGGUGGCUUGCGCAGGCUGCCAGCGCGGCGGCGGCGACCCUGGUUGCGGCGAAGCAGAUCGGGACGGUGAGUGCGGCCUGCCUGUUGCUGCUGUUUCGCAGGGACCUGUUCUAUGCACCACGUCGUUUGGUCGGCCAAGGAGAGGGAAUUCGGCGAAGGACUGCGGUGUACACGCAGACGUUCCAGCGCCCCACAGCCAGGACAAAUGGGCAUCCUCGAGGGCGCGAGGUUGUUCGCGCUCCGCGCUUCGCGCUUCGCGGUGCGGCCCCGCUUCCUCCUCAUUCUCCUCUGCUACCCUGGGGGGCGGCGCGAGAGAGCGUGAAGUUCUUCGCGCUUCGCGCUUCGCGCAGCAGGCAGCGCGACGCCAGGCGCCCUUCUGGUGCAUACUCCGAGCCCCUCCUCUUCCUCCUCCUCCUCCUCCUCCUCCUCCUCCUCCCUCUCCUCCUCCUCCUCCUCCUUCUCCUCCUCCUCCUCCUCCUCCUUGGGAACCGCAGGCCACCCGAC